AUGGCGGCAUACGAAGAGCGUGAUAUAACGCCCAUGAACGAGCGACUGACGGCGCCCUGGGGCAUCCGCAUCAGCAAAAAGGACGUCGAAAAACUCAUGGCCGGGUUGGAGGCCGAAGACAUGGACGACAAGUGGGACGUCGUGGUCGAGAAGCAUACGGACAAGGACGGGUCAGUUUCUGUCCAUUUCGUCCGGAGCUGGACCGGGGACGAGAUUUACAUCCUGCACCUCGAAGGCAUCAGCGACGAUUUAGACCGACAAGACGGAGGCGCCAAAGUCGGCGCCAUUACUUGGGAUGGGGACAAAAACGACGUCCGCAUCGACGCCGAGCAGGCGCAAAAGGAGGUCGUGCACUUGGCCAGAGUUAUAUUGAGCUGCGAGUUCGACGAACUUCCAAAAUACGACCCUUCCAAAAUUCAUGACCAUCCCGCCUAUCGUUUGGACGCGCGGAAAAGCCCGACCAACUAG